UGCCCAUCAGCCCAUGGUUUAAGGCAAAAGCAACCAUAGCACAAGGCACAGGGCAAGGCAGCCUUUGUUUGCUUGCCCACUGUUCUUGCACAAUUUCAGCAACACCCUUUGCCAUCCACCUUUUCACACCUUGCAGCACCUCCUCCCUUCCUCUCUGCCUCUCUGAUGCUUGCUGUGUGCUGUGUUUUGUUUUGCAGCUGGUUAGAACUUUUCUUGGUUACUCCGUAGAAUACCAGUUACCACCCACCCACAGGAUUUCCUCCUCCGUCUCUCCCUCUUUUCUGCAAAGCUGAAAGGAAGAAACCCAGCAGCACCCCACUAUUUAUGCAGAGCCCCCUGUAUUUGGUUGGUACUACAGUAUCCCCUCUCUUCUUCUCUAGUGGAUUGGAGCUGCUUAUCUAUCUAUCUAUCUAUCUAUCUAUCUAUCUGUUCAUCAUCACAAGAAUAAUAACAACAACCCCUGCCUGCGUUGCUUGCUGCUACCCUGACCUGUGUGACCUGGCCUAGAAGAUCAGGAAGAGGAGGAGGAGGUUGGUGCUGGGGGCAUCAAAAUCUUUUCGGGUCAGGGUCUCAGGGCGGCAGCACCAACAGCGGCAGGGGAGGAGCAAAUCGAUUUCUGCAAAAGAAAGAACAAAAACAGAACGUGUGGGUAAAUCUCACAAUUUUUUUCAUUGCCGCAAGUUCUUGGAUCUGGCAAAAAAAAUAAAGCACGGCUGGGGAUAGGGCGAUGAGGACGAUGACGAUUCUGAUAUGAACGAUUGAACUGGCCCCUAGCCUUCUCACAUCAGCUCAGCUGACGGAUCUGUCCGUGCAAAAAUUGCCGUAAUGAUGGGAACAGAGUGCAUUGUGGCCACACUCGGCGGGGAUCCUGAACCCUCAAUUCCACCUGGAUUCGGACCUUUCGUUGCCCUCGCGUUACAGGGCAUCCGGGACAAUGUCAAAUCAGGUGAUGCUCAUUCUAGUUCUGCUCAAGCAGUGCAGUGCAAGGAGAAAGAUGUCGAUAUUGUGGAGCACGGUUCAGCAAAUAGUCGGAGUGGUACUCCUGCUAGUACUUCUGGGACCCAUAGUUGCAGGAGGUCACUUCGUAACAGGCCUCCAAUAGACUAUAGCCAGUUCGACCUUAUCUGGGACGACGAAUCUGAUGUUGAAUCUGCAGAAAAGGGAGUGGGAUCAGUGAGACACAGACGACAGUUACCGAAAGGAGUACUUCGGGGAUGUGCAGAAUGUGCUGAUUGCCAAAAGGUUAUUGCAAGAUGGAAUCCAUCUGGUGCAAGGAGGCCUGUUCUUGAGGAAGCUCCUGUUUUCUAUCCGUCCGAAGAGGAAUUCAAGGACACCUUAAAAUACAUUGAGAGUAUAUGUCCUAGGGCAGAGCCAUAUGGAAUUUGUCGUAUUGUCCCACCACCUUCUUGGAAACCUCCUUGCCUUCUUAAAGAGAAGAACAUAUGGGAAUGCUCAAAAUUUUCUACUCGGGUACAGAAGGUCGACAAGCUCCAAAACCGUAAAUCAUCCAAGAAGAGCAGAAGAGGUGGGAUGAUGAAGAAGCGGAGAAAACUUUUAGAGCUGGAAGAUAACAAUAACCUUAAUCACAGUCAAACUGGGAUGCAGCAAAACCAAGAGAGGUUUGGAUUUGAACCUGGACCUGAGUUCACACUUCAGACAUUUAAGAAGUAUGCAGAUGACUUCAAUGAACAGUAUUUUAAGAAAGAAGUGUCUGGGGACUCAGUGCCAUCAGUCGAAGACAUUGAAGGCGAGUAUUGGCGCAUAGUUGAAAAGCCAACCGAAGAGAUAGAGGUAGUAUAUGGUGCUGAUUUGGAGACUGGAACUUUUGGUAGUGGAUUCCCAAAGUUUUCUCCUGAAGUAAAAUCUGAUGUUGAGCAUAAGUACGCAGAGUCUGGUUGGAAUCUAAACAACUUGCCUAGACUACAAGGUUCAGUUCUAUCUUUCGAGGGUGGUGACAUCUCUGGUGUUUUGGUACCUUGGGUGUAUGUCGGAAUGUGCUUUUCAUCAUUCUGCUGGCAUGUUGAAGACCACCAUUUGUACUCACUGAACUACAUGCAUUGGGGUGCUCCAAAGAUGUGGUAUGGAGUUCCAGGAAAGGAUGCUGUGAAUUUGGAGGCUGCAAUGAGGAAACAUCUACCUGACUUGUUUGAGGAACAACCUGAUUUGCUUCAUAACCUGGUUACUCAAUUUUCACCAUCAUUGCUUAAAUCUGAAGGAGUACCAGUCUACCGAUGUGUUCAGCAUGAGGGAGAGUUUGUCCUAACAUUCCCUCGGGCAUACCAUGCCGGUUUCAAUUGUGGCUUCAAUUGUGCAGAAGCUGUUAAUGUGGCACCGAUAGAUUGGUUACCAAUUGGACAGGAUGCGGUUGAGCUUUAUCGUAAGCAAGCUCGUAAAAUUACUGUUUCCCAUGAUAAGCUGUUGCUUGGGGCUGCAAGAGAAGCAAUAAGAGCUCAGUGGGAUAUCCUGUUCCUCAAGAGAAAUACUGCUGAUAACUUGAGGUGGAAGAGCAUGUGUGGACUUGAUAGCACCAUAUGCAAAUCGCUUAAGGCAAGAAUCAAUUUGGAGUUGGUGCAAAGACAAAAUAUAUGCUCUCCUUCUCAAUCUAGAAAAAUGGAUGCUGAAUUUGAUUCUACCGAAAGGGAGUGUGCAUUGUGCUAUUAUGAUCUGCAUCUUUCUGCUUCUGGCUGUCCAUGUUGCCCAGAGAAAUAUACUUGCCUUGCACAUGCAAAGCAGCUUUGUUCAUGUGACUGGGACAAAAGAUUUUUCCUAUUCCGUUAUGAUGUCAAUGAGCUAAAUCUGUUAGCUGAUGCUUUAGGUGGUAAGUUAAGUGCAAUUCACAGAUGGGGUGUCUCUCAUCUUGGAUUAAGUCUGAGCUCAUGUGUCAAACGAGAAAAAGACCAAGAUUCGAAGACUCUUCACAGAGUAACUGAAGGCCCCAGAAGGUCCUACAUGUCUCAGGCUUCAACAGUAUCAUUGGCACCUUCGGUGGUUUGCAAAGAACAGAACAACAAUGGAAAUAAGAUGCUGAACACAUCUAGUUUGGAAACGGAUACUUCUGGUCCUUUUUCCGAGCCAAUAAAAUCUGGAAAUGUUUCACUACAAAAGGAGACACAAAUGAGGAAUGAGGUAUUGUGUACGCUAAACAACAGUGUCAGUCCUGAAGGCCACAAAGGCUCACUAAACUUUCCAGUUCCUUCUGGUCAGUCAUUUUCUUCCAAUUUUGCAACAAGGUCCUUAAGUACUUCAGGUGAAUCUAUGAAAACUGCAUAUGGCUUGGCAGUAUUUGAAGGGAGUAGAGAAUCUUCUCGGUCUGGAAACUGUAUAUCUUCAGUUGGUGUGCAUCAUAACAUACCACCAAUAAUGGUUGAUCAAGGAAACAACAUGAAUCCUAGUAUGGAGAGCUCAAAUAAUUCACAUAGGUUGAUGGCAUCUAACACUAAUGCAACUCAGUGUCACUCCUACAAGGACCAAAUGCAUGUAACACCAGAGACUAGGGCUUGUGCUUCAUCAAGUCAGCCAUUCGUGAGAACUGUUUUAAGAGCACAAAGUGUAUCUAAGGAAGCAUCAGCUGGUGUCUUUGGUUCAAAGCCUCUCAUAAAUUCUUCACUUGUGAAAAAUACAUAUGGGGGUUCAAGUUCAUGCGGUGCCCAUCUUGGGCUUCCAAAUUUUGGUAACCAGCAACCAAGUGAUGGAUGCCUUCAAAGAAAAUCUGAAUCUUUAUGUGGUUCAGAAGCUAGGGGGCAACCAGUUUUAGUGGUGCAACCUGCUCUAGAAAAUCGUAAUAGGAAUGGAGGUGCACACAAGGGCCCUCAGAUAGCCAACGUCAUGCAUCGAUUCAAGAGCUUAGUUGAACCUUUGGAAAUUGGUGUUGUGCUAUCUGGGAGGUUGUGGUCCUCAAGCCAAGCAAUCUUCCCAAAAGGGUUCAGGAGCAGAGUAAAAUACUUCAGCAUCGUGGAUCCAACACAAAUGGCAUACUACAUAUCUGAAAUAUUAGACGCCGGACCACAGGGACCUCUGUUUAUGGUGACUCUGGAAAACUGUCUGGGUGAACUUUUUAUCAAUGUAUCUCCUACCAAGUGCUGGAGCAUGGUUCGUGAGAGGCUGAAUAUGGAAAUACGGAGGCGACUCAGUAUGGGAAGAACUAAUCUUCCUGCACUACAGCCACCAGGAUCAGUUGAUGGUUUUGAAAUGUUUGGGUUGCUGUCACCGGCAAUAGUUCAGGCAAUCGAGGCUCGGGACAGAGAUCACAUCUGCACAGAGUACUGGAGAUCCAGGUCCCAUAUUGUCACUGAAGAUCGUGAUAGUCGGCAGAUGGGGCCACUUCAGGCUCAGGGUCCACUGCAUGCGCUGAGGGAGCUGUUCCAGCGAGCCAACCGCAAUGAGCUCCUAGCCCUACGGAGUCUACUGGUGAGCAACAACAACCUGGACGACUUCUCCAGGCAGCAGGCUGCCCAAAUCCUCGACGAGGAGAUGGCCAAACAGUGGCGCUGACAGGUGCAAAUACAACUUCUAAUCUCUUGUUGACAUGGGAUUUUCUUUGACGGGAACAAGCAGUUUUCAACACUGAGAGAGCUGUUCCUUGGCGUUGCCCCCGUGCCCAUUCUUUGUAUUGUUGUGUCCAUGCUCCUUGCCAUAAGAUUUUGCCCCCAUUUGGGUGUUCUUAUGCGAUCGGAUGACUGACACCUCAUCCACUGACCAGCGUACAUACCGCUCUGUUCUUCUUCAAUGUUAAGGGAAAUAAAUACUGUCUGUCGGGAAACUCUUGUGGUGUUUCUUUUUCUAAACGAAAUAUUUUACCAUCUUCUUUAGUGAGCCGGCAAGUGCAGGCACAUGGGACCUGAGAUUUA